CAUACUCCGAUUAAAGAGAGAGUGAUUACAAUAGUGAAGGAUCGAUAAACGUAAAUACAUAGAUAGAUAAAAAGAAAAAAAUAAUUUGAUCUAAAAUUUGGGUUGAGUUGUUUGGAUGGCAUCAGCAAUUUCAGUGUUCCCAAAGUCGUCUCUGUACGUGGGUGAUCUGGAAAAGAGUGUGGAAGAGAGCAAACUGUAUGAUCUGUUCAGCCAGGUGGCCCCCGUUGUUUCAGUUAGGGUUUGCAGGGAUCACAAUCGCCAAUCCUCACUUGGAUACGCUUACGUCAAUUUCAACACUCCUAUGGAUGCUGCUAAUGCAAGACACAUUUUGAAUUUUACCAAUGUCAAUGGAAAGCCUAUAAGGAUUAUGUUCUCUCAUAGAGAUCCUAGCCUGCGUAAGAGUGGUUACGCUAAUCUUUUCAUUAAGAAUCUUCACCCUUGUAUUGACAACAAAGCACUGCACGAAAUUUUCUCUGCCUUUGGGACUGUGCUUUCCUGCAAGGUAGCCGUUGACAACAAUGAAAUAUCAAAGGGCUAUGGUUUUGUGCAAUUUGAUGAAGAGGAAGCCGCCCAGAGUGCAAUCAAGAGGUUGAAUGGCAUGCUAAUGAACGAUAAGAAAGUGUAUGUUGGUCAUUUUUUUAACCGUCGAGAGCGAAACCCAACAAAUAAUAAUAUAUAUAAGAAUGUGUAUGUGAAGAACUUACCUGAAACAACUAGGGAUGAAGGCCUCAAGAAAAUGUUUGAAAAGUUUGGCCUCAUCACUAGUGCAGUCGUCAUGAAAGAUGAGAAUGGGAAUUCAAAAUGUUUCGGAUUCGUCAACUUUGAAAGCUCCGAGUCUGCUGCAUCUGCAGUUGAGAGUUUGAACGGGUCGUCGUUAGAUGACAAGGUAUUGUAUGUUGGGAGGGCUGCAAAGAAAGUUGAAAGGGAGGCAGAACUGAAAGCCAAAUUUGAACAAGAAAGAAUUUCUAGGUUUGAGAAAUUAAAAGCUGCUAAUUUGUACUUGAAAAAUCUACAUGACAGCAUAGAUGAUGAGAAGCUCAAGGAGUUGUUCUCCCAGUUUGGAAUGAUUACGUCGUGCAAGCUCAUUCGCGAUCCAAAUGGAGUGAGCAAGGGUGCUGGAUUUGUUGCAUUUUCCAACCCUGAAGAAGCCACAAAAGCUUUGACUGACAUGAACGGGAAGAUGGUAGGUGGAAAACCUUUGUAUAUUGCGGUAGCACAACGUAGAGAAGAAAGGAAAGCUUGGCUGCAGGCACAUUUUGCUCAGAUGCGUUCUCCCGGAACUAACAGGCUCACUCAUCAGCAACUCUAUUUUGGUCAUGGGCUAAUUCCUCAGGGACCCGCAUUCUGUUUUCAGGGCAUUCCUUCCAAUUUCUUCAUGCCAUUACAAUUCCAAAAGCAACGGUUAGCUGCCAGGAGAGGUUCAAAUCCUCAACAGCAGCCACAACAGAUGAACUCAAAUCAAGGCGCAAACAGAUACACUCCCAAUGGUCAAAACAGCGAAGAUCCUUCAAUGCUCCCUCUUUCAGUGCCGUUAUCUCGAUCAACUCUUGCUUCAGCUUUGGCCUCUGCUUCUCCCGAAAACCAGCGUAUAAUGCUUGGGGAACAAGUUUACCCUCUUGUGGAACGUAUAGAGCGCAAGCAUGCUGGAAAAGUGACGGGCAUGUUAUUGGAGAUGGACCAAACAGAGGUGCUUCACCUGAUCGAGUCCCCAGAUGCUCUCAAGAAGAAAGUGUUUGAGGCUUUGGAUGUGCUUCGUGUAGCGAUUCACAUGGCUUAAUUAACUUAACAACCAUCUUCUCACUUUGUUCAGCUAUAAGUUAGACAGACUGCUAUAUUUGUCUUCUAAAUAAUAUUGAUUGAGGUAAAUUAUUAUUGUUAUUAUUAUUUCGUGGAAGUCAGCUGUAUUAAGCAGGCUUCUGAUUUUGUUUUGUAUGCCAGAGAAAUAAUAAAUGUCAACAUUUUGACUGAUUUGAG